UUUAGCAUAAAUACUGUCUGCACAAUCCAAACAUCACUCAGUUCAUUCUAUUAACUUCAGUGUCUAGUAUCUCAACAGAACACAAACACACUCACAAAAAUGGCCGCUAAGUUGAUCAUCGUCGCUGUUUGCGUGGCUUCUGCCUUCGCUCAAUACUCUGCCCCAGCCUACAAGCCCGCUUACUCGGCGCCCGCUUACUCGGCACCCGCUUACCCGGCACCAAAGGCUUACGCCCCAGAACCCGCCUACGCACCAGCCCCAUACAACUUCGAGUACAGCGUAAACGACCCACACACCUACGACGUCAAGAGCCAAUCCGAAUACAGCGACGGCAACGGUUACGUCAAGGGAUCGUACAGCCUCUUGGAAGCCGACGGUUCCACCCGCACCGUCGAGUACACCGCCGACGACUACAACGGAUUCAACGCCGUCGUCAAGAACGAAGGUGGCUACAAGGCCCCGUCUUACUCUGCCCCGGCUUACUCCGCACCAGCCUACAAGCCUGCCUACUCCGCACCAGCCUACUCCGCACCAGCCUACAAGCCAGCCUACUCCGCACCAGCCUACGCCGCCCCAUCUUACUCGGCCCCGGCCUACAAGCCAGCUUACAAGCCAGCAUACUAAUAACUUCUCUGGUCGUGCGAACACCAACUCUCUUCUUUUUUUCCCAUGUUUUCUUCGCGUACCUCGGGACCAUCGCGUUCAUAUUGAACCGUGGUUUCAAAGUCAUACCAUGCCAUAUUAAUAUAAUAUUAGACAAUGGGUACGACUAAUGUAUUUAUUGUGUAAAUAUAUAUAUCAAUGUGUAUUUAUU